AUGAUAACGAUCACCACAAACGCUACCAGAAAUCGAAACUUGGGGACGGGGGGGGGGGGGGGUUUGCUCUCUGUAAACGGGCUCCCGCACACCUUUGCAGCACAAAACAGCCCCAACCCUCCUCUCCGCUCGGGGACUUUCGUCGCUUUGGAUCUCGGGAUUCUCCCCCGGGCGCUCUCCUGUGCUGUUCUGCUCCUCCUGCUCGUCGCCGUGCUGAGCAGAGGCAAAAGGUGCAGCAUUGCCAAAAUCCUCCGGCAGUACCGCGCCGUCAUCUUCUACGAGAUCCAGAACCUGAAAAACCUGAGCGGAUCGGCAGACAGGAGUGGAAGGGUUGGGCCGGCUUGUCGGUCAGACAAGGACCAGAAGAUCCUCCUCUCCAUCUACAACAUCAGCAUGUCCCUGCGGGAGGUGGCAGCCGGCACCCUGCGCAGCCCCGAGGAGCUGGCCGUGCGGAAGGUGGCCAGUAACACCGACUUUGUACUCCGGGAGAACUGCAGGAAAAUCAGCAAGAGCCUGCCGCGCGUCCCGGCGCAGCCCCGGCACAGGGGACCCGGCCGCAGGAGGAAGCAGCUACGGGAGAUCGGGAGGAAGGCGGAGAGGCUGGCAACCUGCUGGGAGAAGCUCUACGCCCUGCACGCACCCCACCGUGCCCCCCGGGACUCGUAGGGACGCCCUCGCCACACGCCGGAGGGACGGGCUGCUCCGGCACCGUGGCUGCCGGCGUCUUGUUUGGAAACCUGGGGUAAAUUCAACCCUGAAGGCAGCGGAGUUGCUACCGGUGGGCGCCCAAGUUGAAGUCACCCUCCUGUUUUGAGCGGUACCUGGCGACCGGCCCCACCGCACGUGGUGGGGACUGGCAGGUCGGUUUGCCGGGGGAUGGCUGCGGCAGGAAGCCAGAAACGUGGGGGAGAAGAAGGGAAAGUGGUGAAAAAAAGGAGGUGAGGCGUUGGGUUUCUGCGCUGCUCCUGGCCCUGCAUCACCGGCUGCUUCCUUGGGGACAACGGUUGCUUUUGCGGGGGCAGAAAGAGGACGCGUGGGGCCGUGGCUUGGAGGGCUCUGCUGGAAGCGGGAUCACUGCGCGUCUCCAGGGCUCUGGGGGUGACUUUUGGGCUGUGGAGAGGGACACGUGUCCCUGUUGCACUGUGGACAGGGAAGCUGGGGUGCAUCACUGGGCACCCGGGGAACCCUGGUGCUUGCAAAGAGCAAAACCCCACGUAGCUGGAAGGGCUUGAGGCCAAGGCUCGGCCUCGGAGAUGGGCAGCACCACCGAAGGAUCUGGCUGCUCGGCACUGUGGGUGCCCCAACACCCCCCUCAGUGAGCCGAGCCCGGAGGGAUGCGGCGUUCAGUGAGAUGAGGAGCAUCCUCCUUCAUCACUGUGCUCUGCCUGGCUGGGGGUCCCCGCUCCCCUGUUGGGUGGCAAACAGUCUCGGGGAGGCCAGAAAUAAAACCUCUCCUUCCCUGGGA